GGAAACUGGGCUGGGCAGGGGAGGGAAAAGGCUGGAUUUGCCUUGCAUGAUCUCGGGGAGAUCUUUCCCCUGUUUUUAUCCCAGCCGGAGAAGCUGGGAAGCCUCCAGGGUUUAGAUCUGCUUUGUUAGAGAACGUAGGGACCCUUUUCACUGCCUUUUGGGGGACGACAGUGGAUUCACUUCCCACUGGGGUUCAAGAUAACCAGGUAGAGCGAGGGAUUGGCCUGAAGAGCAAGGUGCGGGCGAGCAGAAGGGUUACUCUCUGGAUAAGUCUGACAAGAAAAAGCUUCUUUUCUCCAAAGAACACUGAGGUGACAAGUUAGUAUUGUACAGAAGCAGGAAUCCCUGUACACACAUCUACAGUUUGCAUUUUUCUGGAAGUUGCCUAAUGUAUUGUUGCCUUGCACAGAUUGAGUCUCCCCGAAUAUUCUGUGGCCUGAAGAUCCGGUUCAACUAAAGUGCCAUAGGACGUGUUCGUUUUUGCCUUGCACUGGGACCUUCCCUGAAAUUUUCAGUUGCAAAACUGCUUGCCAGACAAUUUUGUUUGCAUCGCAUGCCUAGGCUCCUUGCACUCUGAAUUUGCACUAUGCCGGUCUGGGUUCUCUUCUGAGUUUUGCCACAGACCCCUGGUGAAAACUCAGGCCUGUGCUCAGAGUUGCACAAAGCACAGCUCAAAUUUGCAUCAGACAGAAAGUAAGCCGUCAGCCCAGAACGUAGGCCACCGUGCAUGGCUCAGGAGUGGGAAAGGUGAUGGACUCCUGAAGUGGAAGAGGUGGUGCGGGGGGGGGGGGGGCACUGCCCAUGCUGCCCUGCUUCCAGCUGCUGCGCAUAGGGGGCGGCAGGGGUGGUGAUCUCUACACCUUCCACCCCCCUAGCGGGGCUGGCUGCACCUAUCGCUUGGGUUGUAGGGCCGAUCUGUGUGAUGUGGCCCUGCAGCCCCAGCAGGAGCCUGGCCUCAUCUCUGGAGUCCAUGCGGAGCUACACGCAGAGCGCCGGGGUGAUGAUUGGAAGGUCAGCCUGGAAGACCACAGCAGCCAAGGGACUUUGGUCAAUAAUAUCCGACUCCCAAGGGGUCACAGACUGGAGUUGAGUGAUGGGGACCUUGUGACCUUUGGCCCUGAAGGGUCCCCAGGAACCAGCCCUUCAGAGUUCUACUUCAUGUUUCAGCAAGUCCGAGUCAAACCUCAAGAUUUUGCAGCCAUUACCAUCCCGCGGUCUAGUGGCGAAGAGGGAACCAGAGCUUGUUUCCGGCCUAUGCUGCCCCCACAGGGGGCCCCACAGCGCCCUCUCAGCACCCUUUCCCCUGCCCCGAAAGCCACACUGAUCCUCAAUUCCAUCGGCAGUCUUAGCAAGCUCAGGCCCCAGCCCCUCACCUUCUCCCGGACUGGGGGUGGGCAACAGAACGUGCCUGUUCCCACUCCCCCUAGAGAGGUGGGGGCCACCCCUUCUGCCCCACCCCCAAGAAAUCGGAGGAAAUCGGCUCAUCGAGUGUUGGCAGAGUUGGAUGAUGAGGGAGAGAUGCCCGAGGGCUCCCCAUCGGUCUUUAUAGAGCCCAGGAAGAAGCUCCGUGUCGAGACACCCCCACGGACACCUGGUGGAAAUCGACGUGGACGUCCUCGGAAGCACCCAGUGAACACGCCCAGGGCUCCCCCAGCAGUUGGGGGUGGAGAGCCCUGUGCAGCCCCUUGUUGCUGCCUGCCUGAAGAAGAAACAGUUGCCUGGGUUCAGUGUGAUGGUUGUGAUGUCUGGUUCCAUGUGGCCUGUGUUGGCUGCAGCAUCCAGGCUGCUAGGGAGGCUGACUUCCGGUGCCCAGAGUGCCGUGUAGGCAUCCAGACCUAAGGCCCACCAACAAGGCACCAAGAGGACAGAGAGCUGGUACCUCCAGGCCUUGGGUGGACACAGUGGGGCACCAAUGGGUCUUAAAAAAUGUCCCCUUCUUUCCUUGCCUCCCCAGGAGGGAAUAGCUAUAGGGGAAGUGCCCAUUGCUAUGGAUAUGGAGUCAAGGACUGAAGCCGGCCCUCAUGGCCAAGGGGACAGAAGAGAUGGUUUCCUGCCAAAGAUCUUUGUUGCCUCCGGGAAGUUGCCAGCAAGCUGGAAAUUCCGUUACAAGCUAUAGGUUCUUGUUGUCAUAGGCACUAGAAUGUCUGUGGUCAGAGUACCGAUCAAUUGCAGAUGCCAUGCCUGAGCAGAUAAAAGCCUCAGACUUGGAAUGAGUGAAUGCUUAAUGUUUUGGGAUGGCAUUAUAAGGCAUUCUGGGAAAACCUAGGGCACAGCCCCAAAACUUUUACAUUGUGGGUAAACCAUUGCCACUGACCAUGAUCAUUACCUGGCUUUUCAGAGCUUUGCUUCUAUUUCCAAAUAAAGAAUUAGCUUCAUUCAC